AUGGAUAAUUUUAUUGUAGCAAUGAGUAGAUAUAAAAGGCGUAAAUAUGAUGAGACGCUGUAAUUAUGUGAUAAGAUGCUUGAAAACAAUCAAAGAGAUUAAGCUGCAUGGCUGUUAAAAUGCAACUGUUUAGUACGUAAAAGUUAUAUAGAUGAUUUGGAAAUAGAUGAAGAAGGAAUAGGAGAUAUUCUUUUGGAUGAAAAUACAGUUUCGUAAUUUGCUAGACCAGGUACUUCAUUCUAAAGGCCAAUUACUUCUAGAUAAGGUGGUGGAGAUAUUAAUCCUAUAAUGAGGCCUAUGUCUAAAUCUGGAAGACCAAUAACAGGUUUUGCUAGACCAGGAACUAACAAACCUGUUUCAUCAAGCUAAAACCGUUUAGAAACAGCGCUUAAGGGUAAUAGACCAGGAACUACUCGUCCUAUUACUAGUGGUGGAAGGUAUAUGAGAUUAGGUACAGCAUCAUUGGCUUCUUCAGGCGAUUAAUUUUUGGAUGCCAAUAAAUUAGAUAUGAAGAAAAUAGCUAAGAAAGGUGCUAUUGCUAAGGCUAUUUGCAAUUAUUUACUUUAUGUAGAAAUAAACCCUAAAAAAGCUUUGGAAUUGUCUGCAGAAGCAACUUAAAUUUCUGAAUAUAAAGAUUGGUGGUGGAAAGAAAGACUUGGCAAAUGCUAUCAUAUACUUGGAUUAUAAAGAGAAGCUGAAAAGUAAUUUUAAAGUUCAUUGAAAAAUGAAAAUAUUAUUAAAACUUAACUUGAGUUGGCUAAGGUUUAUAUUAAAUUGGAUCAGCCAAUCACUGCUAUAGAAUGCUAUCGUAAAGGAUUAGAAAAGCACCCUCAUGAAAUUUAAUUUGUGCUAGGUAUAGCCAGAGUCUAUGACUAGCUAAACCAGUAAACAAAAGCAGUAGAAUUUUAUAAAUAAGUUUUAGCUUUUGAAAGUAGUAACAUGGAAGCAGUCGCUUAAAUUGCAGCACAUUAAUUCUAUAUUGAUCAACCAGAAGAGUCUACUCUUUUCUAUUAAAGAUUAUUAUAGCUUGGAAUUAAUACUGCUGAAUUAUGGAAUAACUUGGGAUUAUGUUUAUUUUUUGAUGGAUAGUACGAUUUAUUUUAUCCUUGCUUUGAAAGAGCUCUUUAAUUAGCAGAUGAAACAAAUAGAGCUGAAAUUUGGUACAAUAUCUCUCAUGUAUUUAUAUAUAUGGGAGAAAUGGGUAUGGCUUAUCAGUGUCUAAAAAUGGUUUUGUAAUUUGAUCCACACCACGCUGAGGCAUAUAAUAAUCUGGGUGUGAUUGAAAUAAAGCAUGGAAAUAUUGAAAGAGGUAAAUACGAAUUGUAAGUUUCUAUGAAAGAGGGUGAAAUGCUACUCGAACCUCACUUUAACUCUGCUCUCUGGGCUUAUAAUACUUGCGAAUACCAAGAUGCAUUUAAACUUGUUAACAAAGCUAUAUUUAUUUAUCCAGAUCAUGAAGAAUCAAUAAAGUUAAAAAAAUAAAUAGAAGAUAUUUUAAAAGUGUUUUGA